UUUUUUAAAGUUAUUUUUCUAAUCUUCAGUGUUCAUCAGAAAAAGAGACACCCGCUUCACCGUUUGGUCAUUUUGUGCUUCUUGGACUCAAGAACCAUGGCUUUGAGGUGCAGCAACCUGCUAUUGGCGGUCAUUUCUCUGUGGGUGACUUUGGGUCGAGCCGAGGCUCUUGGGGAAUGUGAGCUCUGCUACGUGCUGGAUGGUAUUCUGUUUGUGUACGGCAUCAUCCUGACCGCCCUCUACUGCAGACUUAAGAUCAGCAGUGCUAAGAAGUUUGCAGGUCAAAAGAAGCAGCCUGCGAAAGAAGACUUAUACACGGGUUUGAAACCUCAUGCCGAGGACACAUACACUACAAUUGGCAUCAAGCAGUGAUAAGAAAAGAGAAUGUAUAUUUUUUAUUUUAAACUUUGCAAUGUCAUUAGAGCUGUUAAUGCAUGUGAUUAAUCACAAAAAAUAUUGAUUAAUCUUGUGUAAAUGCAGAUUAAUCACGCAAUUUACUUUAAGCGCAUAUGCUGCUUUACAUUCACCGCCGAUGGUUGCUUGAAAGGCGGAGUGGUCAGUGAUCAGGUCAAUGCACACUCAUCAUAAGGAUGAGUGAGGAGACGCCAACUGUUGUGUUCACUGACAGAUUUCAUUUCAAAAUAUGACUGGACUUAAGAUAAAACUAUUCCAAGUUUUGAGCAAAUAAAAGAUGUGGAUUGAAGUAAAACAUUUACAAAAUGUUUGUAUGACAGUCUGACAAUAAAAAAUUGCGUUGUGUCAAAA